GCAAUUAAAUGUGGAUGGUAGAUAAUGAUGACGGCGAAAGGACAGAACCCAAAUCGAAAUCUAAAAUCUAAAGUCAGUGUGAUUUCAACUUACGAACUUGACACAAUUAAUUCAUAUCAGAUCCUCCACUCUGUAUGUCUGUCUCGUAAGUUUCGUUUCUCAGAUCCAUUUUAUCAAUUUUGCAGAUAGGAAAGUUUCUUUCUUUCUUUCUUCUUUUCUCACUGCAUAACAUAAUUAAUGAAACUGUGAUUCAUAAUUGGACAAUGCGGUGGUUUCAAUUGAGUACAAGCUCCGAAAGGGACCACCGGAACACUCAGAAUACUUCUCGUGCUAUGGUGUAUCUCAAUGUAUAUGAUCUUACUCCAAUCAAUAAUUAUCUUUAUCUCUUUGGCUUUGGAAUCUUUCAUUCCGGUAUUGAAGUACAUGGUAUGGAAUAUGGCUUUGGAGCACAUGAAUACCCAACUAGUGGUGUGUUUGAGGUGGAACCUAAAAAUUGCCCUGGCUUUGUCUUCAGACGAUCGGUAUUGUUAGGCAGCACUGAUAUGUCUCUCACAGAAUUUCGUUCUUUUAUGGAGCGUAUCUCUGCAAAAUAUCAUGGAGACACUUACCAUCUAAUUGCCAAAAAUUGCAACCAUUUUACCAAUGAAGUUUGCCAACAACUAACAGGAAAUCCUAUUCCUGGAUGGGUAAACCGACUUGCUCGUGUAGGUUCUUUUUGCAAUUGUCUACUGCCAGAAAGCAUCCAGGUUGCUGCAGUUAGACAUGUUCCCGAACGUCUUUCCUUUGCGGAUGAUGAUGAUGGAUCAGAUUCUGAUGGCCUUUCUCUGUCUAUUGAGAGCGAAGAAGAGGAGCCCAAUCACCGUCUGCUAAAUACAUCAAAUGGUGAUGUUGCCUUUUUAAAGGAAAAACCAGUUCGGCUGGCGCGAGAGCACCUAUAAUUUUACCGGUGUAUCUUUUGUUUCUCGUUCUUUCAUUGUUCUCUUUGCUUCUACCAUAUUUAUAAUCUUAGAUUGGAGUGUAACAAGUUUCUCAGAUAGCUUAUUUAAGACUCAAAAUGUAUGCUUUGUAGUUCGUAGAACAAAGAGGACAAUCUGCUGUAUAAUAUGUAUAUGCCCUGUACAUGUAAAAGUACAAAUUAAAAUGUUCAGGUAUAAUGUUAUAUAAUAAAUCUUAUUAACUAUUGCUCCCAA